AUCGAUUAGGUUUCCUUCUACACUUCGUCUUCUUCAUACACUCUUCGUCUUCUCUUCAUCAAUCUCUUUUCACCGUUCGAUUUCACAAUGGUUGACGCGAAAAAAGUUCGUUUCAUCAUCGGAGUUAUUGGGAAUGUUAUUUCCUUUGGUCUCUUCCUUUCACCAGUGCCAACGUUUUGGAGGAUCAUCAAGAAGAAGGACGUUGAGGAGUUUCAGCCGUAUCCAUACGUAGCAACAGUGAUGAACUGUAUGCUUUGGGUUUUCUAUGGUCUCCCUGUUGUUCAUAAGGAUAGUAUCCUUGUUACCACCAUUAAUGGAGUUGGUUUAGUCUUCGAAGCUGUCUACUUAUCCAUCUUCGUCUACCACUGUGGCAACAAGAAAAACUUCCGUAGGAACAUUGGGUUAUAUCUUCUGGCUGAGAUAAUUGCUGUGGCAGGGAUUGUUUUGAUAACGCUUUUCGCUAUUCAAAACGCGUUUGCUAAACAAACAUUCGUUGGUGUUAUCUGUGAUAUCUUCAACAUUGCUAUGUAUGGAGCUCCUUCACUUGUCAUCAAAAAAGUGGUGGAGACGAAAAGUGUUGAGUACAUGCCGUUUUUGCUAUCUUUCAUUAGUUUCAUCAACGCUGUGAUAUGGACUACUUACUCUUUGAUCUACAAAAUCGAUCUCUACGUCCUUAUAAGCAACGGUCUUGGAACGUUAUUGUGUGCAUCUCAGCUUAUCGUCUAUGCUAUCUACCGCAAAUCUACUCCAGUAAACAAAACCGCGAAGCCGUCGGAAAUUGAGAUUCCGGCGACGGAGAGAGUCUGA